ACUGGAAAGCGCGCGCAAAGAGCCAGGAGGAAGGAAGCAUGGCGAGGAGAAGAAGGAGACGGUUAGGCCAACCGUUUGUAUCCCUCCACCUUCCCCUCCCUCCCCUUCCCCUACUCUUGGCGCCAAAGCAAAGCCGUUAGAUUAUUGGUCACCAUCUCGAACCCAACCCGCGCUCCUCCCCCUCCCACCAUUUAUCCUUCCCGGAGAAAAUAAGCAGCGCCAUGCCAAUGCGCCCCUCCGGCGUCGCACCACAGCAAUGCGGCCGCCUUCCUCCUCCUCCUCCUCCUCCUCUUCCUCUUCUUCUUCGUCGUCGGCGAUGGCGGCGCCUGGAGGCGGCCGGAUGUCGGCGUUCACGAUGCGCGCGGUGGCGCGGAUGUCGAGGGCCCGGUGGUUCAUCUUCCUGCGCCGGGUGUACCAGUACCAGAACGGGCCCAGGUCCGACCUGGGCUCCAACCCCUUCAACUCGCCCGGCUGGCUCGCGCUCGAGCUCGGCGUCAUCGUCGCGCAGAUGGUCCUGACCACCGCCGUCGUCGCCACCUCCUCCGCCGAGCGCCCCGCGUGGCCGCUCCGCCUCUGGGUCGCCGCCUACAACGUCGGCAACGUGCUCAGCCUGCCCCUCCUCUAUUGGCGCCACCGGCAUUCCUCCGCCGGCGGCCGAGGCGGCGACGCGCUCUCCGGCGACCUCGAGAUGCGCGGCGCCAAUGACGCUCUGAGGGACAGCAGGUCGUAUCUGAUGAACAAGGCGCGGGCGUUCCUGGAGCUCUUCUUCGCGAUGUGGUUCGUGAUGGGCAACGUGUGGGUGUUCGACGCGCGGCUGGGGUCGCUCCAGCGCGCGCCGAGGCUGUACGCGCUCUGCAUCAGCCUGCUGGCCUGGAACGCCGUCGUCUACUCGCUCCCGUUCCUGCUCUUCCUCCUGCUCUGCUGCUUCGUGCCCAUGGUCGGCUACGCGCUCGGCUACAACAUGAACUCCGCCUCCGUCGGCAGGGGCGCCUCCGACGAGCAGCUCGCCGCGCUGCCCCGGUGGCGGUUCAAGGAGCCCGGGCCCGCCGCCGACGUCCCAAGGGACCGGGACCACGAUGACCAGGAGUGCUGCAUCUGCCUAGCGCAGUACAGGGAGAAGGAGGAGGUUCGGCAGCUGGCGUGCACGCACAUGUUCCACCUCAAGUGCGUGGACAGGUGGCUCAGGAUCAUCUCCUCUUGCCCUCUCUGCAAGCAAGAGCUCAAGUGAUGAACAAGUGAUUGAUAUCGAUGCCUACUCCACUCCUUCCUACAGAUAUGCUGUAUAUUCUCUCUCACUCUCUGCUGACUGCGCCCGCCGAUCAGCCAGCAGGGAGAGCUAGACUAGCCGGCCGGGAUGUGCCACCUACAUAUACCACGACCGCGCGCCCGGCACCUCUCUCGCGAUCGAGGAUGUCGACUGGUCGUGGCCCCGUGCUGUGCUGUCCUAUUAGUAGAUGCAUGAUGCUGACAAACGAUGGGUACACUUGCACUUGAAGCAGGUAGCAGGAGAGUUUGAUUCAUUUUUAGUCUAUAUGUAUACUUGAUAGAUCAAAAGGGAAAUGUGUAAAGAAAAAAAAAGGGUUUAUUUUUUGUAUGUAUAAUGUGUUGUGUGCCCUUGCUUCAUAUACUCGUACAAGACUGAAUGCACCUUUUUUUUUCUGUGUGCUGGAGAUCAAA